UUGUCAACUGUCACCUUGCGCACUUUAGGUUUUUGAAGUUUAAAGGAAUUGCUGUGCGUAACCAUCUACCGAUAUUUAUUAAUUUAACAAAUUCAGAUAAAAAUGCUAAGCAUACGCAGAUUCCAGGACUUAACAUUAAGAACAUUUGCUGCUCGUUCCAACCUCAUCGCCAGAUACUUCAGUGAUCGCAAAAAAGAUGAUAGCGAUAGUGAAAGCGACCGAGAGGACAAGAAAAGACCAAAACCAGCAGCGAUUAAGGAAGAAACGGCUGCGGAACGUUUGAACAAACUCUUAGCCAGCAUGAACUCUGAAGACAACACGCAAAUUGUUAAAAAUAUAAACAUGGCAAAGCCAGGUGGAAUAAAGAAACGUUCGAAACCGGAGGAAGAUAACAACAAUAUUUUGGAAGCUGCAAAGAAUGUUGCUUCUUUAUUGGGCGAAGAAAAUCAAAAACAAACUGAGGCAGAGCUUUUAUCGAAACUCUUGAACCCCAACGGAACUCCUCCAACCUCACAACAAUCCGCAAAGCAAGACAUCGAUCCAAAUGAAUUGAGUUUAAGUGACUUAAUUGUUGGAAUGAAGAUUGAUAGACGCCAACCAGCCAUUGAGUAUUCCCGCAGCGACUUUGUACGAAAAAGUCUUGCUACUUCCCGCUCUGAUCAGAGUCGGGACAGAAAUGGAAACCAAGGACGAGGCACAAAUCAGCAUCAACGAAAGGCAGAACCUAACACUGGCAGUGUCAACCUAUUCGGUUCCAAGCCACUGGAUAUUUUUAAGGAUCCCAGUAAGCUUUGUGACUCUCCCGACAUUCUGAAGACAUGGGAGCACCUUUACCAGCACGAACUUAAACUGACCGUCACCCAUCCGCCAUCAAACUACUUCCAAAAAAUGGCUCUAUGGACCGAACAAGGAAAACUCUGGAAGUUCCCCAUCGACAACGAACAAGGUAUGGACGAAGAGUUCGCAACCGAUUUCUCCGAACACGUUUUCCUCGAGCAGCAUUUAGAACCUUGGUGUCCAACCAAGGGACCCAUUCGCCACUUCAUGGAAUUGGUUUGUGUGGGUCUAUCGAAAAAUCCCUACAUAACUGCGAGAGAGAAAAAAGCCCACAUCCUCUGGUACCGUGAUUAUUUCGAAGACAAGAAAGAAAUGCUCAAGGAUAUAAUCAUAAGUCAGAAGGAAACUCCAAAGAACGUUUCGCAAAGUUAAUUGAUGUUUUAUAAAAGUAAACAAUAAAAUUUAAAUUCAUACUCGAACGUUCUGAUA